AUGAAAAAAGCUGUAAGUGGAUGGGAUAUGGGAAGUUGGAAAGCUGAUAAAUUACGAAAUAAUGGAGAUAAAAAUGGAUGGGUUUAUACAACAAAUGGAGUAUUUUUUGGUGAUGGUGUAGCAAUUGAUCGAGAAGUUAAACCACAUCAUAAAUAUCGAAGAAGAUGUGUGAAAAGAUCGAGAAAAUUAGAGGCAUAUAAAAAGGAACAUGAAGAUUUUAAAGCAUAUCAAGAAUCAUUGGAAGAUACAAAUUGGGAACAUUCUGUGAAAAGAAUUGGACCAUAUCAUGAUGAUGUUGAUUCGAGAGAUACAGUAAGACGACGAAGAUAUAUUAUUGAAAUUGAAAAAGAUGGAGAAGAAGAUAAUGAAGAACAAAUUCAAUAUAGAAUAUAUGAAUAUCAAUUGGUGACAGCAAAAUGGCAAUUGAGAUGUUAUAUUAUGUGGGCAAAAGAUCUUAUGCCAGUUGUUAAGAAUUCAUCGAGAGCUUUUGUUAGAAUAACAUUUGGAAAUUAUUCGAAACAAACACUUCUUGUUGAUAAUUCUCAAAAUCCAAUUUGGAAUGAAACUGUCAUUUUCAAAUCUAUUUUGAUUGCUGGAGGAACUCGUGAAAUAAUGCAUUAUCCUCCUAUUGUUUCAGUUGAAGUUGUUGGUGAAAGUUCAACAAGUGCCGAAAUAAAUUUGGGAAGAUUCGAAACACCACCUACAGUAAUCUGUUCAAAUACUGAUUCAAGAGCCCAUCAAUUAUGGUAUCCAUUAAAGUUUCCGAAAGGAAAAACUAGGUGGGUUUUCAGAAUUUCCGAAUUUUAUUUUAUUGUAAAUCAUUUCAGAGGAGCUGUUCUUGCUUGUUUCGAGUUAUUUGAACAAACUGACAAUAAUGACUGUCUUCCACUUGAACCAAAAUUAAAACAAAAUUAUCAGUAAGAUUUUUUCUGUUUUUUUUUUCCUAUUUUUAUUUUUAUUAAUUGAUUUCAGAGAACGUCUCGAGAUUCCUCCAGAACUUCGACCAAGUUUUGAUAAAUAUCAUAUUCAAUUUCUUUGUUGGGGUCUUCGAAAUCUUCGAAAACAUCAACUUCUUUCUGUUCAUCGUCCAUUUGUUGACCUUACAAUUGGAGAUCAAGAAUUUACAAUGGAUCCAAUUAAAGAUGUUCGCAAAAAUCCAAAUUUCCCAGAACCAUUGAUCUCAUUUUCGGAAGUUGCAUUACCUUCAGCCUUGGAACUUUCACCUCCUUUUGUUAUCAAUUUGUAUGAUGCGAGAGCAUUCAAAAGAAGACCAUUGGUUGGAACUUGUCUUAUCUCGGAUCUUCACAAAUAUGUUUCACAUAUUAUCAAAAAAGACAAAGAAAAAGAUGAUGAUUUCAAUGCAUUUAAUGAAAUAAUUGAAGAAGAACAUCAAAAACUAAUGAAUAUGAAUAAAAGAUCAACACUUGGAACUGAUCCAUUAGUUCCAUUAGAUUGGUGGAGUCGAUAUUAUUCAUCAAUGUCACAAUUCCAUCGAUCACCCGGAUAUCCAGAGUAAGUUUAAAGUUUAAAAUGAUCCACAAAAAUGCAUUAUUUUUCAUUUUUCUAGAUCUGGUAUGGAAUAUUUGAAAGUAUUCAAUCGGCCAUUGGAAGAAGUUAAUGGAUACAAUAAUUUCAGUGAUUUUCUUGAUACAAUGACCUUUUUCAAAAAUUCCAAAGGUCAUUUUGAUGAUCCGGAAGAAAAAGAAAAGGCUGGAGAAUUGAAAUGUCGACUUCUUAUUUCAAAAAUUCGAAAAGAUCAACCACCAAGUACAAUGAAUCCAUCUGUUGAAUUUCUUGGUCCGGUUAAAUGUUUGGUACGAGUUUAUGUUAUUGAAGCAAAAGGUUUGAGUUCGAAUUCGAAAAAUGGAAGAGUUGAUUCGUAUGUAACAGCAAAAUGUGGAAAAAUCAAAUCAAAUAUGAAAAAGAAUUAUGUAUCAGAAAAUUGUGAUCCGAUUUAUGGAGAAUUGAUUGAAAUGAAUGUCACAAUUCCGUUAGAAAAAGAUUUGACAGUUACGAUCAAGGAUAAAUGCACAAUUCUUGCAGGUUAGUUAUUCAUUUCUGGAGUAAAGAUUCAGAUUUUAUUUUUAUUAUCAUUUUAAGAUAAAGAAAUUGGUUCAACCACAAUUGACUUGGAAAAUCGACUUUUAACAAAAUGGCGUGGAACAAGUGGAUUAAGUGCUCAAUAUACUGUUCAAGGUGAAAUGCAAUGGAGAGAUCAAUUAACACCAAUGGAAAUACUCAAAGAAUACUGUAUUCGAAUGAUGAUUCCACCUCCAAAAGUUGUUGAAAGAAAAAAGGAGCAAUUUGUUGAAAAUGGUAUUAUGAUUUAUGGAAUUGUAUUUUGGUGUACAGAAGUGAUUGAAGCAAUGGAAAAAGAAGAAUUAUUGAUAUCUGAAGGACAAAGGGAAAAAGCUGGAAAGGAUUCAGAUUCGGAUACAGAAGAUGAUCCAAAAAAUAAAUCACCGGAAGAAAUUGAAUUGGAAAAUGAAAAAUCGAAAAAAGAGAAAGAACGAAAGAAACCAGUUAAUAAAAAAGGAGAGAUUCCAAAUGAUCAAAAAGGAACAGUUUUGAUGAAUUUGAGAAAUUUGAAUAGAAAAUCAAUUCUUGGAACACCACUUGAAACAAUUGCACUUUUCAUUUUGAGGCAAAUUAAUUUAGUUCCUGAACAUGUUGAAAGUCGACCAUUAUUUUCGGAUAAAAGUGGAAGAGUUCAAAAAGGAAACUUAAGAAUGUUUGUUGAUGUUUUUCCAUUGGAUCAUGGCCCAAUUCCAGCUCCAUUUAAUAUUUCACCAAGAAAACCAGCAAGAUAUCAAUUGAGAAUUGCAGUUAUGAGUGUUUGUGGAGCUAUUCCAAUCAAAAGAAGUUUUGCUGAACCAACAUCUGAUCUUUAUGUCAAAGUUUAUGUGAAUGGAAUGAGAAAAGGCCAAAAAACAGAUACACAUUUUCGAGUUAUGGAUGGAAAAGCUGAAUUCAAUUGGAGAUUCUUGUUGGAUUUUGAUUAUAAUGUUUGGGAAAAGAAAGUUGUGGCAUAUACAAAAACAAGAUUAUUCCGAAAACCUGUCGAAGAAUUGGUUGAUCCAUUUUUGAUUGUCGAAUUGUGGGAUAAGAAUAAGUUCCGAAAAGAUGUUUUGUUGGGAGAAAUAGAAUUGGAUAUAUUGAGUUUCUUGGGUUAGUUUGGAACAAAAGUUGGAAAAUAAUUUCAAAUAUUUGUUGUCUAAUUUUAGAAGGUGUUGGUUCACCAUCAGAUAUUGGUGUUUAUACAAAAAGUUCGAGAAGAAAGUGUAAAUGUCCUCGAUGUUGUCGAUGUCUUUGGGGAUGUUGUCGACUUUGUGUUGAAACGAAAUGUUUGUGUGGUAAACGAAAAAUCAAGAGAAAACCAUUUCCAAAACCAGUCAAAUAUGCUCCACCACCAGAAAUGGCAGAAACUAUCAAUUUGUUUGAUUCUAGAAAUUUGUAUGGUUGGUGGCCAAUGUUGACUUAUAAAUAUCCACAUCCCGUGAGUUUUUUUAUGUAUCAAAAACCAGAAAGCUGAACUCCUAAAAGCUUCGGAUUUUUAUGUAAUUUACAGUAAUCCAGGGUGUUUUAUGAAUAGGUUACUGUAGGUUCUAAAAGUCAAAAAUCUUGAUUACGGUAUUUAAUUUAUUUGCUAUUUUCUGAAUUUUAGGAUGAAAUCAAAAAGAAAGAUGAUGAUGUUGAUGAAAAUCAACAAUGGAUAAUGGGUCUCGUUGAAAUGGAUAUUUCUCUUCUUCCAAUUUCAGAAGCUGAACAAGAUCCAGUUGGAAAAAAACGCGCUGAACCAAAUCAUGUUAGUCGUUAUUUUUUUCUCAUUGAAAAAACAGUUUCUCACUAAAUAAUAUUUGAAUUUUCAGAGUCCUCAUCUUGAUAAACCAGAUCGAAAAUUGUUGUCUCAAUUCUGGUUGUGUUCCAGAAUUUUACCAUGUCUCAAAUUUUGCUGGCAUUAUUAUGGAGCUCAAAUUUUGGCAUGGAUUCUAAUUAUUCUUUUUAUUGCAUUAGCAAUUUACUUCCUUUUCCAAACUUGGCCAAUGAUUUUUGGACAUGUUUUGACCAAAAUAUGGUAA